AUGCUCCCUGUACGCGCUGGGGCACUGUGCUCGCCGGCGUAUCACUGCGUCGCUUUGACAUCGAACGGCGCCACCUGUACCGCCACCCCCGAUGCACUCGUUGGACGGCACCGAAAGGCCCAGGGCCGCCUCCGCUGCUCCACUGCCGGCGUGCUGGCGAUAGCUCAAACGCGGCGUCAUCGGGCUUUACUGCUCGGCGGCAGCGCCGCGCACCUUCAGUUCUCCUGCCGUGGCGAACCGCUCGUGAUGUCGUGCCGCCUCAAUUCCGUCAGGCAAACGUUUGCCAGCUCGACUGCCGACGAUCGAUUCGUUGCUUACCUUCGGUCGUUACUUCGGUCGACAGGGCCGAUACCCAUCUCGAAGCUGGCAAGUAUGAUAGGUGAUGAGCACCUUGAGCGUCUCGGCAAUGUAGGCGGUGGGCUCGCUCAGUUCAUCCGGUGGCACCCCGAGGCGUUCAUCGAGGUGCAGCUGCCCGGCCGUGUACACGUGGCCAUGUCGAAUGACACGGCGUUGCCGUUCCGUUCGAACGAGGACAAGACGCUCGGACUCCGCGUCAUUGGGCUGCUGACCAUCGCGCAGCACAUGACAGGCACCCAGGUGGCUACCUCGCUUGGCUUCUCCUCGGCGACACCGACAUUGACGGAACUCUGCAAAGCACUGCGGCAUUGGUCACUUGUCUCCCCCAUACAGCUCAAGAGGUUCUUUCACCAGUAUGAGGAGGUGUUCUGGUAUCAUCCCAUGUCACUGCACGUGCGGCUGCGUUGGGCGAAGCCCUGCGCGACGCCGCCGGUGCCAACACGGUCCUCGUCCCCCGACCACGCUCUGCCACGUGCGCAGCACAGCAGGCUUCAGCUGUGGCUCAGCGCGGUAGUGCCAUCGCAGUACCACGUUCCACUAUCGUACCUGAUGGAUGCAGCAGGCACUGCAAACAUGUCGGCGACCUUGUUCGGUCGCGAAGCGCCAUCGCUGGAGGACGUGCGGCACGCUUUCCAGCGGUUGCCACCGCAGUUCGUCGACGUGCGGGCGUUCGGUGCCUCGCCGAUGGCUAUCUUUGUCCGUCUGCUGCGGCCAGAGCCGCUGCUGCUGCAGGCUGGGGUGCGUUCGUACACGUCAGAUGCACCGCCACCGGAGAGCGCAGCCAGUCACCACGACCCCGCACGACUAGGCCGCAAGCUCACCGAGGCCCUGCAGAAAGGGGCAGCAGAGGAUCGCCUGAAGCAGUUAGGGCUGAUGAAGGGCCUUAAUAUGGUGCACUUGCGCAGCUGCGUGCCGGCGAACCUGGUGCGCGAAAUCGAGGUGUUCUACGGCCUCGUCGAGGGGGGCGAUCUCCGCGUUAGCGUCCUCCUCCUCGACCGACUACGACACUUGUGGGAGGUGCAGCUGGACUCCUCGCGAGUGCGGCCGUGGGCCUUCUUGCCGGCGUCGGAGCAGCCCUCCUCGUUGACACUGGAGACAUCGCCGGUACCGCGAGCGAUGGUGCACUUGCAGCGCAUUUUGGCGGACACUGGCCCUCGGCUUCCUGCCGACCUCUACGCGGAGCUUCCGGAAGACUUGCAAGAAGCGCUGCUGCGCACCUAUGGGCCGGUGGAAGAGGCUGACGCGACGCCGGAUACGACGACUGGCGCAGACGCCGUUUCCUCCUUUGUCGAAACACACUCGCUCUUCUUUAUGAGGCAGGGCGAUCACAUCUACACGCCUCGCCUCGCCGCCGAGGAGCUGCAACAACCGGCGAAGGCCGAUGCAACUCUUUUUGGGGCGAGGGGGCGUGAGGAGGGCGCAUACGUUGGGAAGCCGCUCGGCCCCACAUCGACUCCUCGGCGGCCAGCGAAGCCGGAGGUGGAGAUGUCGGAGCUGGAGAUAGCACAGCUUCUUCACGACGCCAUCCCCGUCGGGCAGCCGGUCGUCGUGGACGGCUUGCGCUCUGCCCUGGUCAGGGAGCACCGGAGACGCCGCUUGGCAAGUGAACAGGCGCGCCGCUUUGUCCGCCGCGAGUUCUUCGAGAGGUAUAGGCGGCUCUUCAAGCUGUACGAGUACUUUGCCUACGACAAGCUGAUUGUUGGCCGCGCAGAGGAUCCCUCACCGCCGCCGCACGUGCUGCAGCCACGGAUGACGAAUAUUGGGCACGUAAUCAAGUUUAUUGCCCUCUUGUCAUCGCAGUCGGCCACCGACGGCGCGCUCACGCGUGCACUACCGCGCGAUGGCCGCAUGCUACUUAAAGCUUUUGGGAGUGCCACCGAUCUCGCGGAGCAGCUUCCGAUGUGGUUCCUCACGCAGCGAGACAAGCACAACUUUUCUUCCUCCCUUAUUCGCUACAUAGGGCCUCUGGCGGAGUCUGAGAAGCCAUCGGCUUGGGCGCUGAAGCCUCCCCCAUCAGGUGUGCUGACGCGCAAGGUGCCCAAUGACCCAUUCGCUGAUAUUGGGUCGGAGGACCUGGAUGGAAAGCCUGCUGGGUGGAACGAUGACUGGAACGAGGAUGAGGUCCACGGAGGCACGAAGCAGGCGGCAGGCGAGUCACGACGGACAUGA